CGGCUUCUAGAACUCUCACCCCACCUCCCAUCUUCGCCUCCCAUCCACAGCAAUGUCCACUGAACAAGGGAUGCUUUCUGUGGGUAUGGAAGUGAAGCCAAAUAUCGCGGAAUCACAUUUCAAUCAUUGGUACGAUAACGAAUUCAUCCCAGUGCUACUUCGGGUUCCGGGUCUGAACUCUAUCACGCGCUACAAAGCCGCGGACUCUGAGACCCCCACAUGGGUUACGAUGUAUAAUUUUGGGCCGUCGUCUGAGCCCAUCACGACCGAGUUCUUCGCUCCACUGCUUGCGGUGGCCUCUGCCAACAAGACUGCGGUCUCGGCGAACACAGUCGAUAUCAGCCGGUUCAUGUACAAGCACGUAUCGACUUGGACGGCUCCUGGACUGGCCUCCGAGGACGUACCCAGCAAAUUUAUUCUCAUUGCUGCAUUGGACGUACUGCCAGAAAACGAAGAGGAUUUCAAUCGGUGGUAUGCAGAGGAACAUACCGAGAUGUUGUCAAGAGUACCGGGCUGGAAAGAGUGCCGGCGUUACAAGACUCUCGAGCACAAGCAGAUAGAGACCCCAAUGACCGUUUCGAAGCCCACGUGCAACUACAUUGCGAUCCACGAAUUCGACAAUGGAGCGUUCCUUGAGACCGUCGAGUUCCAGCAGGCGGUCACCACGGAAUGGAGCGAGCGCGUCUUGGAGAAGUGUGGCACGAAGGAGAAGAGGGUGCUGGCCUUGCAUAAGCAUUAUCGGGUGUAGUUAGCAAGCCUACUAUAGUGCAGCGAAGUGAAUGUAAAUGAACUAUGUACGUGGAUCCAAUCUAGUGCGAUUUUAUCUCAUCAAAUUGAUGAGAUCUUCGAAAGCUUGAUCACAGCAUGUGUCACAUUCUGCCCAUCUUGUCAUGUACCUCGACCCGACUUUAGGUGACGACCAACGUGAAUCAAGGAGGCGAGGGAAUUGGCCGUUCAAGAUGAAGAUGGCAGCACCCGGAAUCUAGGCUUAUCUAAAGCGAUACGGAAGGUCUGGAUUUUGGAAACAGGCGUCAAAUGGGGUCUGGGCAAGGACAGGCGGUUGACGGUUUUCGUCGGCUGAAUAUACGAAUCGCACAAGGCACUUGGCUCUCAAGUUGAUGACUAUGCCCUGGCCCAGACCAUAUAACCCAACUUCUCGUCCUCUAUGCGCCCUACCCAGUCUACGAGGAUACUAAUCACCAGUUAUCCCCGAGUCGUCUUGCGAUAGUUAGCUGGAAUGGUCCUAUUCCGUGGACUGCUCUCAUCGAUGAUCCCAGAAUACUAUCAUAGACCAUCGAUUCCGGUGCUGCCCAAGACUCCACGUCUGGUGAUUCCGGCAUCUCUUUCAUCGCCUCUGUGUGGUAAACAAGCAUCCAGCCUCAUCGUGCAGUCCCAUUAC